UUAGUUAUAUAUAAGGAGAUAUGAAUGUUCGCUGGUAGUUCACAGUGAAAUGUGUGAGUGAUACAGUUGUGAACUGUGUUUCUAUAACGGGAUUUUUGGCUGUAAACAAAGAUGGAGAAAGUCCUGCUAAUCCUGCUGUCAUUAGCGACAGCAAUCAGCUCAAAGCCAGUAACGACGAGACUAAGUCUCCAACAGCAGAAAACAAGAGAACAAUUCUGCGCCAACAUACUAAAUUUCAACCACUUCUACUACGGUUUAGAAGACCAAAAGAACGUGUCUGGUAUACCAGCAGACAUGAGCAUCCAUUGGAAGACGGGGAACAUAUAUUUUACUCUGAUAAGCGACGAAAUGAAAAUGAGUCUGCAAGUCCUACGCCCUAGUGGAGAAUUUGACGUUAUAAAAGUAGCUGGACUCGGUCAGUCUACUUGCGUCGAUAACCUCAACGACAUCGUGUAUUUAGCCACUGAUAACGGUGUCUAUAAAUACAAGGAUGACGGUUCAAUAGAACUGUAUACAGCUUUAGGUGAAGAUGUGAUGUAUAUUGCUGUUAACAGUGAUGGUAGUUCGAUGUACAUCGCAACUUGGCCGCAGAACAGAGUGCAUAGAAUUACCAAUGAUGGUCAGAAACAAGAGACGUUUACAGGCAUUCCAAAUGGACAUGGCUUAACUGUUGAUACGAGGAAUAAUAUUUACUUUGUAGCUACUAAAACUUCGUAUAUCCUCAAGAGUGGAUACUCCAUUCCGAUAAAGAUUAAAGGUUUGCCAAGCGAUAAAAUGACAGGGGUUUUCGUCUCCCGUUCAGAUGAAGUCUUUGCGAUGGAUGAGAACAGUAAUUUGUAUGUUGUUGAUGCUGAAAACGCCAGUGCAAGACAUCUAGGCACGUUUAGCGUUACAGGAGUCAAUUCAUUUGCCAUGGAUUCGGCUGAUAAUGUGAUCAUUGGAGUGAAAGGCGCCAUUUUGAAAUUCAACGCUUUCGAAAAGAGUCCUUGUCCGGAAUUUGACAAAACCACCAAGAAAGGCAAAAGGCACAGCCGCAAGCGAAAGACCAAGAAACGAACAACUACCACUACUGAGCCCUUCGAAGAAGAAGAGGAGGAAUAAACUAUUUUAUACAUAAAAUAACUAUCUUUCUUU